GGCCCUGCAGUGUUCGAGCAGUACCAGCGCGCCCGGACGCAGUUCGUGCAGGCCGUGGCCGAGCUCGCCUCCCGCGCGCAGAACAUCGAGACCCUCCAAAACGCAGGUGUGAUGGCUCUGCUGAGACCUCUUUUGCUGGACGUGGUGCCGACGAUUCAGCAGACCGCUGCCCUGGCGCUGGGGAGACUUGCCAAUUACAACGAUGACCUGGCAGAGGCAGUUGUAAAGGGAGACAUUCUUCCGCAGCUCGUGUGCUCCUUGUCUGAGCAGAACCGUUUCUACAAGAAAGCAGCAGCAUUUGUGCUAAGAGCAGUUGGUAAACAUUCCCCACAGCUAGCCCUGGCAAUAGUUCAGUGUGGAGCACUGGAAACACUUGUGAUUUGUUUGGAAGAUUUUGACCCUGGCGUGAAAGAAGCUGCAGCUUGGGCCCUUGGUUAUAUUGCCCGCCACAAUUCAGAACUGUCACAAGCUGUGGUGGAUGCGGGAGCUGUUCCUCUUUUAGUGCUCUGUAUCCAGGAGCCAGAAAUUGCUUUGAAAAGGAUUGCGGCUUCAACUCUCAGUGAUAUUUCAAAGCAUUCUCCAGAGUUAGCACAGACAGUAGUGGAUGCAGGAGCUAUCGCUCACUUAGCUCAGAUGAUCCUGAACCCUGAUGCUAAACUGAAGCGUCAGGUGCUGUCAGCUCUAAGCCAAAUAGCAAAGCAUUCAGUGGAUCUCGCGGAGCUGGUGGUUGAAGCAGAAAUUUUCCCAGUUGUGCUCACAUGCCUGAAGGACUCAGAUGAAUAUGUCAAGAAAAAUGGUGCAACUUUAAUUAGAGAGAUAGCAAAGCAUACGCCUGAGCUUUCACAGCUUAUAGUAAAUGCAGGUGGAGUUGCUGCUAUAAUUGAUUGUAUUGGCAGCUGCAGAGGGGCUGUCAGGCUGCCUGGCAUCAUGAUGCUUGGCUACGUAGCAGCUCAUUCGGAGAAUCUGUCAAUGGCAGUGAUCAUCUCCAAGGGAAUACCACCACUGUGUGCUUGUUUGAUAGAAGAAAAUGAAGAUCAUAUUAAGGCAGCAGCUGCUUGGGCCUUGGGCCAGAUUGGCAGGCACACUCCUGAGCAUGCACGUGCCGUGGCAGUAGCAAAUGUGUUACCCACCCUGCUUUCCAUGUAUAUGGACACACGCAGUUCAGAAGAUCUUCAAGUGAAAACUAAAAAAGCCUUAAAGAACAUCCUGCAGAAAUGCACAUAUCUUCCAGCACUGGAACCUUUGCUGCAUGAUGCUCCUCCCAAUAUUCUGAAGCAUAUUGUUGGGCAGUUCAGCAAGGUGCUGCCCCAUGACAGCAAAGCGCGGCGUCUCUUUGUGACAACCGGUGGUCUUAAAAAGGUUCAAGAGAUUAAAGCGGAGCCUGGGUCACUUCUUCAGGAGUACAUCAACGCCAUUAACAACUGCUAUCCAGAGGAAAUAGUGAGUCACUCCAGAGCAAAUCCUACCCUAGCUUCUCCGUGAGGACUGCAAGGGCUUGGGGCACACC